UGGUACUCGCUAACCACUUCCUGUUUGAAAUGGCCGACUUGUCGCUAAACUAGAAACCCACGCGUUAACUUCAUUUGUUGUUUAUUGUGGUUCAUAUUUAAUCUAAGAAUGCCGGGAGGCGAUAGAGAAACGGACCUGACGGAGAGAGUCGAGGCCUUUUUGUCCGACCUGAAGCGAGGGGGCAGCGGGAUAGGACCUCUGCGGGGCUCGGCGGAGACAGCCCGGGAAACGACAUCCUUGCUCCGCAGAAUCACAUCCCAGGCUCGGUGGAGUAGUGCAGGUGAUCUAAUGGAAAUCAUCCGGAAGGAGGGGAGGAGAAUGGCUGAUGCCCAACCGUCAGAGACCACCGUUGGGAACAUGAUCAGACGUGUGCUGAAGAUAAUCAGAGAGGAGUAUGCAAGGUCUCGAGGGAGCAGCGAGGAGACGGACCAGCAGGAAUCCCUCCACAAGCUGCUGACGUCUGGGGGUCUCAGCGAGGAGAAUUUCAGGCAGCAUUUUGCUCCUCUCAAAGCUAACGUCAUCGAAGCCAUCAAUGAGUUGCUUACAGAGCUGGAGGGAACCACCGACAACAUCGCCAUGCAGGCUCUGGAGCACAUCCACUCCAACGAGGUCAUUAUGACCAUCGGACGCUCUCGCACCGUGGAGGCCUUCCUGGAAGACGCCGCCCGCAAGCGCAAGUUCCACGUCAUCGUUGCAGAGUGUGCACCUUUUUGUCAGGGGCACGAGAUGGCGACCAGUCUGUCAAAAGCUGGCAUUGAGACGACGGUAAUUGCAGACGCUGCCAUAUUUGCGGUCAUGUCUCGUGUGAACAAGGUGAUCAUCGGGACACAGACGGUUCUUGCCAACGGAGGCCUCAGGGCCGUCAACGGGACUCACACGCUUGCCCUGGCUGCUAAGCACCAUUCCACGCCGCUCAUUGUUUGCGCUCCGAUGUUCAAGCUCUCGCCUCAGUUUCCGAAUGAGGAGGACACCUUCCAUAAGUUUGUCUCUCCUCACGAGGUGCUUCCAUUUACUGAAGGCGAGAUCCUCUCCAAGGUGAAUGCGCACUGUCCCGUCUUUGACUACGUCCCACCUGAGCUCAUCACGCUAUUCAUCUCCAAUAUUGGCGGACAUGCGCCGUCCUACAUCUACAGACUCAUGAGCGAACUCUACCACCCCGAAGAUCACGAACUGUAAACAAUGGAAGUGAAAAGAAUACAUAGAUCGUAAAUACUUGACCUUACUUGCGUGUUUUAUUUAGCAAGGCUUGCUAAAUGUCUGAUUGGAUUGAACACCGUGUCACAAAAAUUAAAUAAAAAAUACACUUCUUAAACAUCCAUGAAACACCUAAAUCUUAAAUGUAUACAAAUGUAAAAAUGCAUGCAAAAUGUUGAGUUCAUAAUUCAUUUUAUGCUUUACUCAAGUGCUCAUCUUCCGUGUGGAAAAGUUGUCUUUGCGCUUCGUUCCAGUCUUAAAUUACUGGAUCAUUUAGACAAGCAUGUACAACAUUUCCAUGUGUUUCUCUGGAAUAAUGUUAACAAAUGCAAAAAUGUGAUGAUUACACAACCACGAAACAAAAAAUACAGAAGAAAAUCAAAUUCUGAAAAAUUCACACUACUUCCUGGAAAUACAUAAAGUAGAUUUUUACAAAAACCGUCUCUCCUAUAAACAAAUAAUUCUUCACAAUCCCUCAAUUGAAUUUGUCUUGUUUUUGAGGUGUCUGUAGUUGCAGGAGUUGUCCAGAUGAAGGUGCUGUUGUGCAACGUUCAUGUCAGAACCAAAGUCGAAGUCUUAAAUUAUCAAAAAUUAUAUACGAGUGUGUUUGUUAUUAAGUAGUUAAUUUUAAGGGAGACUUUAAUUGUUGUUUUUAAUAACUUUGAGCAGAACCCUGAAAGUAUGCAAUUUGGAUGUGGAUCUAGAGGCGUUCCUCGCAAAGCCACCACAACUUCUAAGACUAUUGUAUGUACAAGUAUGUAUAGUACUUUAUUAAUCCCACAGCAGGGAAAUUCACUUGUUACAGCAGCAAGCAAGAUACGCAAGUAAAGAAUACAUAGUGACUACAACAUGGUUCAGGUGGUGCAGGUGUUGUAGAGCCUGAUAUGAAUGGUAUGAAGGACCUGCGGAACCUCUCUUUCUUAUACCGUGGGUGCAACAGUCUGCUGCUAAGGGAACCCACAGUGUCAUGUAGGGGGUGAGAGGUGUUGUCCAUGUGGAUGUCAGCUUAGCCAACAUCCUUCUCUCACUUCUCUCAUUGAUACUAAUAUACUAUUAUAACUGAAUCACCUUUUCCCACAUUACUUUUACCCUGGAAAAAAAGUGCAAAAUAAUGAUCUUUGAAUGUAUGAAAUGGACCAACAAGUGUUUUCCUAACAUGCCUGACAUUCCAAGUUGACGUGCCACUGGGCUGCGUAGCACCGCCCCUUCCACCAAGUCAACAACACCAACCACCGUCGAUUUCGGCCGGACUAGCACGGGGCUAGCCUGCUAACGAUGAUUCGCUACGUUUCUUGACAACAUUCGGUGACAUUUUGCCUCCCCCGUCGACGGCGGGUGUUGAUAUCCAGCCAGCGCCGAGCUACACGGCCCACCAGAGCGGAAACAUCGCAGUCGUUUUUGCCGCAGCUGGAAGCAGCUCGAGCGGCUAACAUCUUCGCGCGACAGUGCUAGUUAGUUUAGCUCGCUAGCUUGGUAGCUUGAUGGAUGGAUGACAGUCGGCUGGUUUGGCCUUUUAACAACAUUUAUUUCUUCACUCCAGGAAACAAUGACUCCACUUUGACAUUGAGAGGACUGAGGCCCAGUUGGUUCAGUGUAACCACAGUUCAUCUCAGGCAAAAAGUGGUUCCAUCCAGGAUUUGUUUACUGCUGAUGCAAGUCUAAUUUGGACCUGUCACUAUGAUGCCAG